AUGCCACCUUGGAAUCACGAAGGUUAUCAACAUGACUAUGAGAGUAUGGUCAACAAAGGUCCCCGUGGAAACAACGGACGACGUAGGCGUUAUGACCGUUAUCCAGGAAAAAAGGUUUCUGAUCAGACGUUGAUCUCAAAAACCGUCUAUGAUCCUCAGAAUACCUUGAGCAAGAGAGCAUAUAAACGUCUUCGUGCUGAUCAAUCAGAUGGCUUUUGUUUGAAUGUGAGCUACUCUUUGAAUAGGAAGCAGAGAUGGAAAACGAUUAAUCCUGCAUCGCUUCUCAGCGAUAAUCCUCCAUGGUUCCCAGAACCUUGUAUAGUGAGCCGUGAAUUUACACCUUUCUUCUUCCGUUCUGAUGAUUCCAUUGAACCUUCAAUAACCAGGCUGCAGUUCCUCAAUGACGAUGUGUUGACGACAUUUUCCUCUGCAGGAACCAAAAAAACCAUUCGACACUAUAUUAUUCGAGUGAAUGAGAAGCGCGAAACGGAGAAGGAUGAGGUAGAACCUGCCAGAGUGCUAUUCAAUAUCAUCAAGCCACCUAGGCUUAAAUGCCAUGUAGAUAAGAGAUUCAAGGAAGAAAAAUGGAUACCCACUCCUUUAGAAGAUCCCAAGUUCGUUGACUGGGAUGAGGUCAUAGACUGUUCACCCGCUCUCGAAGAAAGACUUACCGAUCUUCAAAUUUCCGCUGCAACUCGGCGCGCUAAACUUACACUCGGAGAUUUUAUUUCUGAUAAACCGCCGUCAAUAUCUUCAAGAAGAGCUAAAAGUCUGAAUUGUACCUCUGAUACAGAUGAUUCCUUUGAGUUUGUCACAAUGAAGCCCGCUAAAUUGUGCGAUAUCUCGAAAUAUACCAACGCACCUCAUAUUUUUGAAAUUUUUGACAUUAACAUGAAGGAUUUGGGCAAUUUUGAUUUGCAAGAAGAGGUUGCACUACAUGUGCCCAGUUAUUGGGUGGUGCAAUGGUUUGGAUCAGAACGGGUGUCUAUCGCAUCUCAAAGUAUGGUGCAAUUGAACUUUGUUCUGUUUUUCGAGAUCUUAAAAGAAUUUGGUGUUCUUAGGAUUCGCUUGAAUAUAAACUCCCAGUUCUCAGCGGAAGAACACAAAAUUGCGCUUGGAAAACUUCUCAGAAAGGAAAAAAAUUCCUCGUCAUUAUUCAAGGACCUUGUCGGGUUCAUCUUCAGGCUGGAACCGAUUCACACUGAAAAGGAGGAGGAGAAUCGGUUCGACAGCUGCAAAAACAAUUUUCCCCGUAAGGUUAACAGUGAAGAGAUGGCCGUAGUAGCUACUCGUUGUAACGAACGUGACCAACUGGAAUUCGUCCGACCGUUUUACAGUCAGGAUGGCGUUGAAUUCGAUAAAUCAGUGGAAAAUGGAGCGAAGUGCAGUAAUUGUAAUUCUUCGAAUGCGGAUGAUCUGUUUAUGAGUACAGAUGGGAUGAUGUGCAGACAGUGUGUAGCUGCUUUCAUGAUUCGACAGCUUCGUCUAAACCAUGCACCACCACUCUGCAUUCCACUUAGUGGCUCAACACAGAGCUCCUCUAUCGACCUCCUUUAUGCUGUUCUUCCUCUUCCUGUGAUGUCACUGAUCGUUAAGAAGUCGUACCUCCACCAUUUCCGCCUAAUGUACCCACAAUCUCGAUUGCUUCAGUGCCCUCAAUGCUCCAUCUCUCUUGUAAUAAAGGAACUAAGCGAGUUCAACUGCUGCAUUUGUUCAUACUGUGGGUGCUGUUGGUGCUAUCUGUGUAACUGUGAGCCGCAUUGGCCACUGACUUGUAAACAGUUCAAGGAGUGGAACAAGAAAUGGGAAACACAAUACCUCUUCGAGAAAUUUAAUCUGGACGUCGGCGAACGCCUCUUAUGCAUAAAGUGUUGCUGUGAGGGCAUCUUUUAUGCUGCUGAGAAUUCAGCUCAUGGAACGUUGUGCAGCAACUUCAACAAGAAAUGUUGGCGCCAGUAUGAUAAGGACGGGCUGAUGCGCCCUAAAUUCGAUUUAUACUGGCCUUAUACUCCAAGAUUUCGAAAGGAGUUCCACAAGCCAGAUGAGGAUGAAUUUUUCAAAAAUGGAACUCGUGUUCAUCCCGAAUAUCUGGAGCCGAAAAAGCUAGUCAAAAAGGAAUUCGCUGCUAUAUGUGCAGAAGCGAGGAGCCUUCGUUUCGAUGAAAAGAAACAAAGAAACUUCGAGGAAGAAGUAUGCAAGAUUUUUGAUGACGAAGCGAUGCAGCAGAGAGCGAUUGGAAUCCGAAAGACUGCGCUAACACUUGUGGAAAACUGUACAGCUUUGCUGUAUCUUCAUCGAGCUGAAAACAACCAACAUUUAAAGAGGAAGGUAUCGCGGCUUUUCCACCUGUACCUAAUCUUCGAAGAAGCAAUUUCCAGUCAUCGACAGGAUUUUAACGCUCAUUUUGCUAAUUUGGACAAAGAACUAUCUGAUGUGAUCAUCUCAUUUCGUCACUAUCUCGUACAGGAACAACCGCAAGUCCUUCUGUAA